AUAAUUUCAAGAUGGCGACGUCCAUCGUUUAGUUAAAAAGUUGCCGGCGGAACUUGUCAGAGGCACAAUACGUCGUUUUUAUUAAGUAUGAUGGCAACCAUUAAAUUUUGCUCGAGAGCUCUUUACAGCAUUUCUUCCAGAGGUCUACCUCAUUCUUCUUUACUUACCGCACCAUCAUUGCUCCAAAUCACAAAGCUUUUGGGUAACACCAGAUCCCUUGCACCGCUUCAUACAAGUCAACCAAGAUGUGCCGGCGACAGACAAUCAGAAUUCCAGCCCAGCAGAGUGCAGAAGAGUUCUCUCGUCUUAUCAAAAAAUCUCUUUGAUGAAGCAAGACAAGAGGAUGCAAACAAAGAAACUUUUAAGAAGGCUGUGGCAAAAUUCACCGAGUAUGACAAACGACGCCGGGGGCACGUCCAGUUCAUCGAGACAGCCCUGCAUCACAUGAAGGACUUCAAAGUGGAGAAGGAGGUCGAUGCUUACAACGCCGUACUCAACACGUUCCCGAAAGGGAAGUUCGUCCCCGAGAACCUCAUCCAGAGUAUAUACAAUCACUUUCCUGAGCAACAGAUAUGUGCCAUUAAGGUGCUCCAAAUGAUGGAGGAUAACACCGUUCUUCCAAACAACGAGACCAAGGAAAUCCUCAUCUCUGUCUUCGGCAAGAGGGCCCACCCGGUCAAGAAGUACCAGCGCAUGAUGUACUGGUUCCCCAAAUUCCGCAAUAUCAAUCCCUUCCCACUGCCGAAGGAGAUACCCAAUGAUCCCGUCAAGUUGUCUGAGCUCGGUCUCAAGAGGAUUGCUGAGUAUGAAGCAAAGUUCAAAGUGUUUUAUCUGAAUGGCAGCUCAGCGGAAUCAGAGAAUCCCAACUUCAUUGCAAAUAUCCAGAGUCCAGAGCAGCAAGAACUCCUAGCUGAGCAUAAUCCAAUAAGACCACUCUAUGUUGAGGGUGCUUUCCACCUCUGGCUCCGCAGCACCAAAAUGACGUACUUUGUGCUGAGAGGUGACCCGUUUGCAGUAGAUGAGGACGAAUUGAAAACGGAAGAUGCUCCUCAAGCACAUGCAGAAGGCCCGGUAUUCGCAAUGUGCAUGACGAACGAAAACUCACAAGAAACGCUACAUACGUGGCUCCAGAAACUACAACAGGAGAACCCCAACCUGGCACGGAUACCAGUCAUCUUCAAUCUCUUUAAACUCAGCGAUACGGAGGACACCAUUGAAUCACUACCUACCAAUGAUAGACAUCUACUUGGGGAAACGUGAUAUGAGUCGGAUACAGU